UAUCUUUUAUAAACUGAAUUUUCCUACUCAGAUAUCACACCAACUAUUGGUAUUGCAUGUUAGAAGUAGCAGGCUGGAUUGAUUGUCGGUAUUAUAGUAGCUCUUGGAAUUUCAGGCUUGAUACUGAUUUUUUUAACUCUUUUCGUGAGGAUAAAAAGAGGUAAUGAUGAUGCAUACAGGGUACACAUGCUAUGGAAGGGUGAAAGCUGUGAAGCAACUUUCACUAGGAUCCCACCAAGGGAAAAAUAAGUUUGUUAAUGAAAUUGCUACCAUAAUUGCAGAGACACUUCUCUGGCAAUCAGAAUGCUCUACAUUAUUGCAUUUCAAGGACUGGAAGUGGAUGACAAGCUCUGUUGGUAAUUCAGAAAUUUCAGCCUAUCUCACACCAGACAUCAUGCUUUAUCUUUGUGAGAAAGAACAUGUUGAGGGUGGCAUGAUAUUUCAGCUCUUGAAAGAUUUGACUGAAAUGUCUACAAUGACAAAUUGUAAAGAUGUUUUCGGUUAUAUAGAAUGUAAACAACACAUUUUAGAAAAGCAAGAGUUGUUUGCUCAUGCAAAACUUAUGAUGUUGAGGAUGUGCAAUCAACUUCUUGGGUGGGUUUACUAUUGGAAAGGCUUCCGUUUUUCUGCUUGCCAGGACUUGGAUGGUAUUAAAGGAGUUGGGCCACUGGAACUUCGGCCACCUCAUGUCUGA